AGUCGCAAACGAACAACGAACCAUCGAAGUUUAGAAAAUAUCUAACAAUUAAAAGCGAUCGCGCGCGCGCUUUUCCUCGAAUCGCAUCGCAUCGAAUCGAAACGCGAAACUCAAACAACGAAACGAAAAUAAAUUUGGAAAACUGCAAUUGUCGUUGGGUUUUCGGUGCGCGUGCAUUGCCAAAACGAAUCAGGAGCAAAAAAAACGAAUCAGUCGGCUAUAUGUACAUAUAUACAUAUAGACGCAAAACAACGCACAUUUCUCGGCUGCAAGCGCGUGGAUCGAAAUAUAUAUGCCAUACGAAUAUACAUAUAUAUAUAUAUAUAUAUGUAAAUAUAGCCAAACCCAGAAAUAAAAGCGCAAAGGGAGGCAUAACACUCGCUGUGUUGAGAGGCGUUGCCCAUGGCCGAGGAAUUUCUGAAUACAACAAAUGCAGCAUUAAUUGAACUAGCUCAAGGCUCCAUGUCCGUGUAAAUCUCUAUAAUUAUAUAAUAAUCGAAUUUGCGGCUCACACAGUGGAGCGACUUAAACUGGACACGUGUCGCUGGAUUUUGGGCCUCGCACACUUACGAUAAACUGCGUCGAUUAUGAGCGCUUUCGCCGAGCGGAAUGUGCGUUUCAAUCCUUUGCGAAAUCAGCAAACGCUUAUCGUUAAGCGGCUGAGACCGCCGGAGAGCCAAAACUUCAAGAACUGAGCAAUCGAACAACGAACAUAUACGAAAUCUGCUCACGGCUCGCAGCUAGCAAGAAGUCAAAUCAAACGAACCCUUUUUCUUUAUUAGGAAAGAGCCAACGCAGAAAGCAAACGAAAUACACAAUACACACAAAAAAAAGAAGCUAUGAAACAAAGCCAAAAACGAACGAAUUUCUAAGCAACUAGAACAACACUGCGACAACAAACAGCAUAGGAGCAUCCAAACGAACGGAAUUAUAAAGACAAGAAAGGAUCAUCAGCACAUUGUUAGGAAACUUUGGGAACAGAGUCCCAAUUUGUACAUAUACUCUAGUUUAGCUAGUAACUAGAUUCUUAGAUUGUUGAAUUGUUUUUGUUGAUUUUGAAUACAAUUCGCAUAUAUCAUUGUUGUCCCAAUUGUUGUGUUAGCUUAGCUAGGCUAAGAACCCCAACGAAUACUAGUCAGCCGCCCAACUGUGCGUAUACGCAACGCGAGUGCGUAUACUUAAUAUUUAGGUUUAGAUCGAUAAGCAGCGAACAAAUGAUGAAAAAUCUCAACGGUAGGACGCACAAUGCGUGCUACCAUCCCUACUACCACCAAUCGCUGCAUUUUGCUCAGCAGCAGCAGCAGCAGCAGCAGCAUCAUCUGCAGCAACAGCAGCAACAUAUGCAGCAGCAGCAGCAGCAACAGCAAGCGCCGCAGCAACAGUUGCGUCAUCAGCAACGGCAACUGCCCACGCAGCCAGCCUACCAGCAAUCGCAAUCGGUUGCCCACAAUGCUUUUCCACUGCGCAGCAGCAGCAACAAUUAUGGCCAUGUUGCUAGCAGCGCCUACGCUGCCAGCAGCGGCAGUCACAACAGCAACAAUGCGGCUGCCAUGGCCGCCGUCUGCCAAAUGCAGAAUUUUUUCAACCAGCAACAGCAGCAGCAGCAGCAACUGGAGUUCAACAACAAUUGCAUGCCCAUUAAUUACUACCAGCAGCAGCAGCAGCAACAUUACCCUUCCGAGUCCCAGUCCUCCGCCUCCGGCUGGAAUCCCGAAACCCCUGGGCAGGCGCAACUCGCCUUGACGGCCACAACAUGCAACACCACUGCAGCUGCAACAUGCAACACCACUGCAGCUGCAACAACGAGCACAACUGCAACAUCUGCUGCCGCUGGCAGCGACAACAACCACAGCGACAACUUUGCAAUGGACGCCAGUGAGAUAGCCACUUUCCUCGCCAACGAGCUUUUCCUACAGCAGCUCGGCAACUUUGAGACCGGCCAGAGUGUUCUCACACUGACGACGCCCACGUUGACGCCGACCACCACGCGCAACAUCGAGGACACACUGGGCCACUUGCUCUCGGACACGCAGACCGAUCGUGUGGCUGGUUGCGCGGGAUUUGCAGUGCCAAAGGUGCUACCCAAUGCCAUUGAUGUCCUGGGCAUGGGUAUUCCCACCGGUGUUUCGUCGCUCCCACUUCAGCAGACAUUCGAUUUGAGCCUGGGGCAGGGCAGCGAGUCCGAGGACUCCAACGCUUCGUACAACGAUACGCAGAUGAACGAGGAGCAGGACACGACCGAUACUUCAAGUGCCCAUACGGACAGCACCUCGUACCAAGCUGGCCACAUCAUGGCGGGCAGCGUGAACGGCGGCGGUGUCAACAACUUCUCCAAUGUCCUGGCCGCCGUGAGCUCUAGCCGCGGAUCGGCGUCGGUGGGCAGCAGCAACGCGAAUACCUCAAAUACGCCGGCUCGUCGUGGCGGUGGCAGACGCCCCAACCGGUCGACGAACAUGACCCCGGAGGAGGAGCAGAAGCGGGCCGUGCGCCGGGAGCGGAACAAACAGGCGGCGGCCCGUUGCCGCAAGAGGCGCGUGGACCAGACCAACGAGCUCACCGAGGAGGUGGAGCAGCUGGAGAAGCGGGGCGAGAGCAUGCGCAAGGAGAUCGAGGUGCUGACGAAUAGCAAGAAUCAGCUGGAGUACCUUCUGGCCACCCACCGGGCCACCUGCCAAAAGAUUCGCUCCGACAUGCUGAGCGUGGUCACCUGCAACGGUCUGAUUGCCCCGGCCGGACUCCUGAGUGCAGGGAGCAGCGGCAGCGGCGCGAGCAGCCAUCACAACCACAACAGCAACGACAGCAGCAACGGCACGAUUACGGGCAUGGACGCCACGCUGAACUCCACCGGGAGGAGCAAUUCACCCUUGGAUCUCAAGCCGGCGGCGAACAUCGAUAGCCUGCUGAUGCACAUCAAGGACGAGCCACUCGAUGGCGCCAUCGACUCAGGAUCCAGCCUGGACCAGGACGGUCCGCCGCCCAGCAAGCGCAUCACCUUGCCGCCCAUGUCCACGAUGCCGCACGUUCACUUGUCCACGAUAUUAACGCCCACCGGCGCCUCGUCGGGAUCUCUGCAGACGCCGAUCACGAGCACGGCGCCCGGCGGAUUCGGCAGCGCCUUCCCGGUGACCUCCAACGGCAGCAGCAUCAACAACAUCAACAGCAUCGGCAACAACAUGAACUCUCCCACGCUGAAUGCGCAUAACAAGGUGCCUAAGGAGCGGCCCAAUACGCUGGCUUUCCAGCGUCCUCUGGGCCAGAUGCACCUCACCAUGGCCAACAACAAGGCGGGUGGGCCCACGCAGAUCCAGGGCGUGCCCAUCCAGACGCCCUCGACCGGCACCUUCAACUUCGACUCCCUGAUGGACGGCGGCACUGGGCUAACGCCCGUCUCCGGACCCCUCGUACCGAACAGCUCCUCCACGAACAAGCACCCGCUGGAGCUGCCCACGCCCACCGCCGAGCCGUCCAAGCUGGUCAGCUUAUAACCGGACCGGAUCUGGGACGGGGAUGGGGGCCGAGUCAGGAUUAAGUUAAGUUUUAUAUAGUUGGCAGGCAAACAACGGAAGGAAACCGCGAAGCACUUUUCUAGUUGUAGGAGAUGUUUUCAUUUUUGUAAUAUGCUGUAAUAUGCGUAAACGUGACGAAUGUGUUGUUUCGUUAACUCUAAUGUUUUUGUAUUAUUAUCUUUAUUAUGGUUAAUUUAUGAUUUCGCUAUGUCUUUUACAUACGCCGAGGAGCUAUGUACAUAUGUUAUGUACUUGUAAUUUGUGCAAUUUUCAAACCUCUUCAUUGCGCGUUGUAUAUUUUCAAAAAAUAUAAGAACGCGAACGCGAACGCGAACGACCGACGAUGCAUGAUGAGAAUGAUAAGGAUAAUGAUGAUAAUAGGGCGUGUAGAUUUGCAGGAUGCGUUGUGAUAUUUAUUAUAAAACGAAUACAAAAGAUGCGAGGAUGAAACAAAGUAGAAAGCAAACAGGAGCGUCUAAUGAAAGGAACUAAGCCGGUUUUAAAAUUGUACAUUUAAACGAAUCGUAAAGCGUAAAUAUACUAUAAAACAAAACAAAGUGAAUAUAUAUUCAGCAUACAAACUAAAUACAAUGCCUUGAGAGAGAAUUAAGAAAUGCAAACCUUUAUAUAUAGAGAUCUACAUACAUAUAUGUAUGCAUGUACAUUUAAAGCUAAACAAUAAUGGCGUUGAAGCGAGUUUUAUAUUGAGCAAAAGCAAAUGUGAAAUGAGAUAAAUAUACUUAUUGUGUACUCUGUAAGCUGCAGUAGAAACCAAAAUAUAUUUUUACUAAACGCAACAUUGCGCUAUUUUCAAAUACCAUUUAUAAGAAAUGACAAAAGCAAAGCAAUUAUUUAAUAUGUAAUUAUGUAUUAUGUAUACCUAUAUCUACCUACCCACAACCUUAAAUCAAAAAACCCAAAACGAUUCAACAAAAGCUGAUCAGGUAAAGCAACUCUCGCCAGUUUCCACACUAAAUUCUCAGAAUAUUCAAAAUUUUAAUCUAUACAAAACCAAACCGAUUGAUAGCAAAUAAAUGCACUUAUAAGGGCAGAAAAACACCAAAAUUU